AUGGAUGACGCUAAUGACUAAAAAAAAGAUUUAUUUGAGGUUUUUGCUUACUUUAAAGACUUAGAUGAAUAAUUAUUCAGUGAUAUGAUUGAAAUGUUUAGAAAAGAAAGUAUCUCAGAUAUUCUAGGAUAUCUUUAAAAAAUUGAGAAUCAAAAGCACCUAGAAUAAUGGAUUUUAAAAAUAGAGAAUUUGUCAUCUGAGAAUAUGGAAUAGAAGUUAAAUGUUAUCAGAAAAAGUAUUAAGAAAAUAACUUGUCUAUUCGAAAAAAUGAAAAAUCAUAGCUUAAAUAAAAAUAAUUUGUAAUCUGAAUAAUAUUUGGAUAUUAAAUAAGAUAUAAUAAAGCAAGCGACAGAGAAUAAGCAAAUAAUUAAAUUGUUUUUGUAUUUAGUUCAUCUCACAGCCAUCGAUAAUCAAUUCAUUUUAUGUGGAUCAAACUCAUUAAACUUACUAGUUGAAAUGAAGAUUGAUCUAAAGUACUAAUGUUUUGAAAAUAUAAAGAUUUAGAACACCUCUUUAAUUGGGGGUAAUUUUGUAAGAUGUAACUUGAGUGGAUCAGAAUUUAAUAAUGUAGAUAUUAGUGGAGUGAAUUUAAGUGGAGCUUAACUAUUUAACUGCAAAUGGAAGAAUUUGAAAAUAAGCGAAUUGAAUAAAUUGGAAGGUCAUAUAAAAGCGAAAUUGGAUGGUCAUAGUGAUGAAGUCAAAUCAGUAUGCUUCUCUCCUGAUGGUACUACAUUAGCAUCUGCUAGUUAUGAUAAAUCUAUUCGUUUAUGGAAUAUUAAAACAAGAUAAUAAAAAGCCAAAUUUGAUGGUCAUACUAAUAAUGUCUGGUCGGUAUGCUUCUCUCCUGAUGGUACCAUAUUAGCAUCAGGUGGUAGAGAUAGGUUUAUCCGUUUAUGGGAUGUUAAUACAGGAGAAGAAAAAGCUAGAUUGAAGGGUCAUCGUGAUAAAGUCUGGUCAGUUUGCUUCUCUUCUGAUGGUACUACUAUCGCAUCUGGUAGUAGUGAUAAUUCUAUUCGUUUAUGGGACGUCAAAACAGGAUAAUAAAAGGCAAAACUCAAUGGUCAUAGUGAAUGGGUUCAAUCAGUAUGCUUUUCCCCUGACGGUACUAUAUUAGCAUCGGGUAGUAGUGAUAAUUCUAUUCGUUUAUGGGAUGUUAAGAAAGAAAAAUAAAAAGCCUUAUUGGGUGGUGAUACUAGUUAUAUCUACUCAGUAUGCUUUUCUCCAGAUGGUAAUACUUUAGCAUCCGGUUGUAUGGAUCACUCUAUCCGUUUAUGGGAUGUUGAGACAUAAUAAUAAACAGCCAAAUUAGAAGGUCAUACUAGCACUGUGUGUUCAGUAUGCUUCUCUCCUGAUGGUAAUACAUUAGCAUCUGGUAGUUAUGAUAACUGUAUUUAUUUAUGGGAUGCUAAGAUCGGAUAAUAAAAAGCCUAAUUGAAUGGUCAUAUUGAUAAAAUCUGGUCAGUAUGCAUUUCUCCUAAUGGUUCUAUAUUAGCAUCUGGUAGUGCAGAUAACUCAAUCUAAAUAUGGGACGUUAAGACUGGAAAAUGUUAAGCUUAAUUGGAUGGUCAUAGUGAUGAAGUCAAAUCAGUUUGCUUCUCUCCUGAUGGUACUGCAUUAGCAUCUAGCGGUGGCGAUAAGUCUAUUCGAUUGUGGGAUUUAAAAACAGGAGAAUAAAAAGCCAAAUUGAAUGGCCAUACUAAGAAAGUCUUUUCAGUUUGCUUCUCUCCUGAUGGUACUGCAUUAGCAUCUAGCGGUGGCGAUAAGUCUAUUCGAUUGUGGGAUUUAAAAACAGGAGAAUAAAAAGCCAAAUUGACUGGCCAUACUUAGGGAAUCCAAUAAAUUUGUUUCUCUCCUGAUUGUACUACAUUAGCAUCUGCUAGUUGUGAUAAAUCUAUUCGUUUAUGGGAUGUGAAGACCAGAAAAAAA